AUGGAGACUACAGCCGACGCACCAGCCAUCUCCACCAUCGACGUUAAGCUACCGCCAUUUUGGACAGCCGACCCAGUACUCUGGUUCCUGCAAGUGGAAUCGCAAUUCGCCGCCCGACGCAUUACUGCCGACCAGACAAAGUACCACCACAUGGUCGACAGCCUUCCACCUACAACAGCGAGCGAAGUACGUGAUCUACUGGUCGCUCCACCUGCAGUGAACGCGUACACAACGCUCAAGCAACUACUCAUAAGCCGCCUCACGCCAUCAGAGCCUCAGCGACUGAAACAGCUGCUACACGGCGCUAAGCUCAGCGACCGGACCCCUAGCCAAUUGUUGCGCCACAUGCAACAGCUGCUCGGCACGACGACCACCGAUGUGGACAGCAAGCUGCUUCGGGAGCUCUUCCUGCAACGGCUCCCCACAAACGUGCGGAUGGUCCUCGCCUCGGCUGCCAACAAACAGCUUUCUCAGCUCGCCGAACUUAGUAACGGCAGUGGCUUCGCCAUCCAUCGCGGCGGUGCAAACAUACAUGGGAAUCCCCACAUCUACCAACGAGGUGCAGGACAUAAGGGAGCAGAUCUCUCACCUCGCCGACACCGUAGCAGCCUUAGGGGACGGCAGCGCGCGCGCGGAGCACCAGGGUGCCGCAGCGCAACCCCAGCAACUGCGACAGAGAAUCUGUUGGUACCACAGGAAGCACGGCAAUAUGGCCCGCAAAUGUAUUCCACCUUGCGAUUACGCGGGAAACGACCGCAGCCGGCACUGAGGGCGACCAGUGUUCUGGAUUCUUUCUCACCGACCGUGACAGUGGGCUGCGAUUCCUCGUGGACACCGGGGCUGAGGUGA